CCGCGCGCCGCUGGUGCCUGCGGGGGAGCGCCGGCCUGAGGGGGCGGCUCGGCCUGGCUGCCAUGGACAGCUUCCUGGAGGAGGAAGAUGAGGAGGUGGUGGUGGUGGUAGGGAAGAGAAAAAGGAGGAGGAGGAGGAGCCCCGCCGCUCAGGCGGCCUUGCAGCCGCCCCUGCACCUGCCCUUCCAGCCGCCGCAGCCGGCAUCUUCCCAUGAACACAAAUUAAACUUCAGGAAGAGCAAAGAAGCGUGUUUAAGUUACAUUCAGGAUGCCAUGCUACAAAAGCAGUGGAAAAGGGCUGCAGAGUUCCUGACCUGCUACGUUGAGUCACUAGAGAAGGACUAUUCCAGAGAACACAUUGGUCCCUCAGAGAUGAUUUGGAGAAUAGGAACUGAAAUUUUGUGGCAUCAUUCCCAAAGCAGCAUGAAAGAGUUCAACUGUUUCAUGGAACAGAUGAAAACUCUAGGAGUAAAAAGGUACUUGAAGGUCUGCUUGGAGCAUGUCUUUCAUCUCCUCUGUAAUGGGCAAAUAGAUGAAGCCUACCAGAACCUGUCCCUGGCAGAAAGCUGGAGGUUUGGAGAGCAAACAGCCAUUCAGGAUAAGGAGAUGAAGCUGAUUGAGGCUUACAGGGGACUCUUGGACUACUAUAGCUGGUCUAAGCAGAAGAACAUCCUAUUAGAGCACAGUGAGGAUGGCUUUUCAGACUUGUCUGUGGAGCAGGAAAUGCAUAGUUACUUUCGGAAGGCAGCAGUGAACUUGAAGGAGAUUAUUAAAAUACCUGGAGUCUGGGAUAUCUUUGUGAAAAGCUAUGUGGAUUUGUUGGAGUUCUAUGGAGACCACAAUGAAGCCCGCCAAGUGUUAAAUGAAUAUGCCUACAACUCCAAGUUUCCUGCUAACCCCAAUGCUCACGUCUACCUCUAUCAGUUCCUCAAGAGGCAGGGUGAAUCAAAGAAAUCCCUCAUAUCUGCACUGAAGAUCUUGCAUGAUAUUGUUCCUUCACAUGAGCUAAUGAUAGAUUUUAAUAUCAUGCUUCAAAAAUCAAAGAAAAGAAAAAAACGUCGACUGGGCCUAGAAGUUAUUUUUGCGGCCUUGGAUUAUGCUGGCUGGAAAGAAAACGCAAAAGCAUGGAGCUGUUUGGCAAGACAGGUGAAACAGAUUGUAAUCUCUGAGAAGCAUCUUGACUGGAUCAAGCAAGAGUGGAACUCCAGGAAGGACUGGUGGCCAGCCUUCCAUUUUAGCCGUUACUUGGCAAAAAGGAAUUGGCAGGAAAAUAAAAGCCUUUCAUAUGAAAAAGCUCUGGUGGCUGGAAUCCUACUGGGAAAGGAUUGCAAAUACUUUAAACAUAUAUCACACCAAGGCUGCAAAACUCAACUGAAAAAGUUUCGGAUGCUGAAGAAGUUUGUGAACAGGCACAAUCCUGUCUACCUGAGAAUAUCUGGUCCUCCAGAUUCCUCUGUUUAGCCUUGAUGAGAAGGUGUCUUUAAGGUUCUUAGUGUACUUUUUCCUCUCUGUAAAACUGACUGCUGUGUUGGUGCUACUCCAAAACUUCUAGGCAGACCUUAUUGACUCAGUACUAGACUUUUUUUUAAUACAUUUAUGUAAAAACGCUUUGGUUUGUAUUUAUUUUAUAAUAAAAUGCAUAUAAAUCAA